GUCAGCCUGGCUUCAGGUCUGCAGCAGUUUGAGGAUGGCGUUCUGGAUGCAAUUCUCUUCUCGAUGGGUCGGACGAUGACGCAGGAGGAAGUUUGUCAGCUGAUGCAGAGGACGGUCCAGCAGGUUUCUGGGACUCUGAGUCUGGACCUAGACUGGGCAGAGCACCUACUGGUUCACUGUAAGUGGAACGUGGACCUGCUGGUGCAGCGCUACACCGACGACCCAGACUCCCUCAUCAUGGCCGCCGGGAUCAAGUGCCAAAACCCUCAGCCGCCACCAAGCCCCUCCUCCAACUGCCCCGUCUGCCUGGGCCCCCGCAACGCUGCCAUGGAGCCAGUCCCCUCACUGAGCUGCAUGCACUACUGCUGCACGUCAUGCUGGCAGGAGUACCUGACGGCGAGGAUCGAACAGAACCUGGUGAUGAACUGCAACUGUCCAAUCACAGACUGCCAGGCUCAGCCCACAUCUCAUUUCUUCCUCAGCAUCCUCACUGACAAGGACACUGUCGCCAAGUAUGAGAAGGCCAUGUUGCGGGUGUACGUGGAGUGUUGUUCAAACCUGACAUGGUGCACCAAUCCUCUGGGCUGUGAUCAGAUUCUAUGUACGGAGAACAUGGGCAGUAUGGGAACCUGCUCCAAGUGCCGCUGGUCGUCCUGCUUCAGCUGCAACUUCCCCGAGGCUCAUUAUCCAUCCAGCUGCAGUCACAUGUCUCAGUGGAUGGACGACGGAGGAUUUUAUGAAGGGAUGACUUCAGAGGCUCAAAGCAAACAUCUCGCUAAGCUCAUCUCCAAACGUUGCCCGAGCUGCCAGGCGCCAAUCGAGAAGAACGAGGGCUGUCUGCAUAUGACAUGUGCCAAAUGUAACUACGGGUUCUGCUGGCGAUGUCUGAAACCAUGGAAACCAACACACAAAGAUUACUACAACUGCUCUGCCAUGGUGAGUAAAGCAGCACGUCAGGAGAAGAAGUUCCAAGAUUACAAUGAGAGAUGCACCUUCCACCAUCAGGCCAAGGACUUUGCGAUCAACUUGGAGAACAGAGUGUCGUCAAUUAAUGAAGCUCUGCAGAUGAAGUCGCUGACCUUCGUCAUCGAUGCCUGUAAAGUCCUUGCUCAGGCUCGGAAGGUACUCGCUUACUCCUGCGUCUACAGCUAUUACAACCAGGAGACGGAAAAGAUGGAUGUUAUGGAGCAACAGACGGAGGCUCUGGACCUUCACACCAAUGCUCUGCAGAUCCUGCUGGAGGAGACGCUGCUGCAGUGCACCGACCUGGCCUCGUGUGUUCGGCUGCUGAAACCAGAACACCUGAACACCGGACUGGAACUUAUCCGACGCAUCCAGGAGCGUCUGCUCGCCAUCCUGCAGCACUCCACCCAGGACUUCCGGGUGGGUUAUCAGUCGAAGAGCAGUCAGGAACCAGAAUCGACUCUUGCGUCCAACCUGUCCAACCAAGGUGACGCCAACAAAGUAUCUAAGUCAGGCCGAGCUUCGGACUCUGUAGACUCGGCCAACAACAACAAUACAGGAGAGGAGGGGGGCGAGGAGGUGGAGGACGAGGAUGACGAGUACGAUGAGGAAUUCGUCCCCGAGUGGCACGAGGACUACGACGAGGACGACAUAGAUGAGGACGACUUCUUCUCUGAUGACGACGAGUCUGAGAAUCUAGAACGGGACUUCAGCCCCUUCGACUGAAAUGAAGGGAAGUAAAAAUAAAUAAAUAAAAGAAUUAAAUAAACUCCAGAGUCGAAGGAAGAUGGAGGAUGUGUCAGGCCCCACCACAGCCCCGCCCCAUCUUCACCACCACCACCUGAAGACGAUGGAAAGCCCGCCCCGAACACAGCUGCACUGCUUCUCCACUUGCUGUUUUUCACUUGUGAUGUUGUCACGUCAGAGCACGAGACGACGAGGGUCACAAGGCUGAAACACGUUCUGACUUUCACCUUUAAGUUUUUUUAUUAAAUGAUAAGUUCAACGAUAAUUUUUACAUCAAGAAUUGGCUUUUUUUGAAAACCAAUUUGAACCAGUUCAGACUGAAGAGUCUGAAACCAGUUUUCUCAAAAAAUUUCGAGUUUAAUUUAAAAUUAAGGUUUUUAUGAUCCUGACUUAAAUCACAGAACAGUUUUUCUCGUCCCUUGUAAUCCUCAUCGGCUCGCUCUUGGUUCUGAAUCUUUUCUGGUUUGUGAUCAGAAGGAAAUGUUUUAAAAAAGAAGGGAUUAAUUAAUCCAGAGUCAGGGUGUCCUCUUGUUUAUCUUUUCGUACCUGUUGUUACCUCGUCCUUCGUCUUUGUUCUUUAUCACUCGUUCUUUGGUUUGUUUUUUAACGAUGGAGGUCAUCUUCUUUUGAGAGGAAAUAAUUAAAGUGACUAACAGUUUUCUACGUGUCUAAAGAAUCUGCAAUAACUGAUCGAUUGAUUAUUGACUGUCAUUUGUUAAACAAAGACUGUUGGGAUAUUUCUGGUUUGUUGUCGAGCGACAUCUGAUGUUCAGCUGUAAUUUUGACGGAUCUUAUAUUCAUAUGGUUGACGUCUGAAAAUUUCUUUCUGUUUCUUUGUUACAGCAAAAUAAAGGCUUUUUCUGCUGCGCUGCAG